AGAAUCACCAAUGUGCUGCACGUUGGUCUUUUCUUCUCCCAUGUCCAGCUGGUCGCCAUGGAUAUGGACUCACUCCAGCUGAUUCAGAAGUUGGUUGAGUCCUUCAAUGCUGUAGCCAGCGAACUUCAGACCCUGACCGACCGGAAGACCAUUUUGGAGCACAAGCUGCGUUACGCCCACGAGCAGGCCUUGGCCGACAAAUACGCUCCCUGUGCUCCCGACGUUGCAGAGACCAUCGCGAAGCUGCAAAUCCCACCCACUCCAACAUCCGCCAGUUUCGUCCCCCUCCCCAGCCGUCUCGGGUCCGACAGCUCACAGGCCCAGCUCGCUCUUUUCAUCCGCGAGGGCAAGAAGGUCGCCAGCCAGCUGCAGGUCCUGACCGACGCGGGCAAGGCUGCCACGUCCACCCGCGGUGGUGGCAUCUCGACCAGGAUGACCUCAGAGCUGUCGACUGUCCUGGAGAAGGACUUUACCGUGGAGGGCAAGAAGGGGCACCUGCAGUGUCCCUUCUCCACCGCCGUCAAGCAAGAAGCCAUCGACGGGGAUGGAGACGGGAUCGGAGAUGUCACCCCACACCCGGCUGGUGAUCCGAUAUGCGCCGCCAUGGUUGACGGCCCGCCUGAUCCCACAACAAACAACAGCGCAGCGGCCAAGUGUCCCAUCAGAUACAUGGACAAGCACUCACCCGAGGAGAUUGCCCGCUAUGUCGAGACACACAAGCACGAACUGCCCAGGAGCCAUGAGGUCUGUCUGCGGAGAAAUCAGAGGACUGAGGACCAGAUCAGAAAACUCGACGCCAAGUAUGGCAACAUCGUGUCCAUGAUCGAGGACCUCUCCCACCUGCAUGCCCCCAUGCUGCCCGAGCCCGACCAUACGAAGGCAGAAGGCGAUCAAACCUCGGACCGUCGUGUCAGCGACUGGGCGCAGAACGUGAGGGCAAGUGUGACGGAGCUGACAAAUGGUGGCAUAACCGAGGCCGAUACCUCUGUAGAAGAUGAGCAGGACCUCGACCGCACUGGGCACUUCGACCGCCCGCUCAAGGAAGUCCGAGUCGGUGAAAGCCCAAGUAGACCAUGGGGUAUCUCCGUCCCCAUUCCGCCACCGGAUGAUCAGGUGGAACGGGCCACCUCCCCACCCGCACCCGUCCGCAUGCCCUCACCAGCGCCUGCCGAGACAUCCAAGGCGCCGACGGCGCGACCUUCCAAGUGUCCCUUUGACCAUACCAAGAUGCGGCUGGAUGGUCCGGGUCUAUCCGAGUUCCCCAAGAUGGAUGAACACCACAACCCGCCGCCGCCGCCGCCGCCGCCAUCACGGCCUGCCCAAGAUGAUAGAGACCCUGCACCUCCCGACAGCCCCCCUCCCUCUCAUCAGCCGACCUUUAUCAACAUGACCGGCACCACCGGCACAAAGACUGCUGCGCCCUCUACAGGCGUCGCAGUGCCCCAGAUGGUCUUUAACGGACCUGUGUUUAUCGGAUACAACAUGGACCAGGCGAUUCAGUUCAUGCAGCAUUUUCAAGGUGGACAACAACAGCAACAACAACAACAACAACAACAACAACGAUAAUGAUCUUGUUUUUUUCUUUCUUCUUCUUCUUCCUCUCUUCUCUUUUUUGUUUUGCAUGAUCUAUGUUGUAUUAUGAGCGAGCGAGGGCGUUGUUUGUGCACCUUUUUUGAGGGCUUGGAUUGCCUUGAUUGAUUUGGCGUUGGAGGAGGGUGAUGUUGAUAGUAUUACUGGGUCACACGCACAUCGCGUCCGUGAUAAAGAAUGACAGACAGCACGGAAAUGAUACCUUUACAAAUGUUCAUACAUUGACUUG